AUGUUACGAACAUUUCAAUUGUCCAAGGUACUGGUAUCUAGAACAACAACAUCUUCACUAAUUUUUAAAAACUUACCAUCUUGUAACGCUUCGCUAUCCCAACGGUUUUAUAGUCAACCCCAAAAGAAAGGAUUCAUAGGUAAUCUCAUCGACAAUGUAAGAGAGGAACUAGACAGGAACAAGGAGUUGAAGGAUCAUCAAGCCCAAUUGAGAGAGCGAAUGAGAGAGUUGAAUGACAGUGAUCAACUCAAAGAAGCUAGGAAAAAGUUUGAGAUUGUAGAAAAACAAACUGUGAAAAGCUCAGAAGUAGUAAAACAAAAAAUGGAAGAGCUCACUGAUCAAAUUGCUAAGAUGGUAAAAGAAGUUCAAAAAACUGAAGCGGGAAAGAAGAUAACGGCAGCUGGUGAGGAGGCUCUUAAGCAAGCACGUGUAGCUGCAGAACAUGUAGAGAAGAUGGCGGAGAAGGUAGGAGAUACUGAGGUAUAUAAACAAGUAUCCACGUCUAUGAAAACAGUAAAGGAUGAAAUUGAUAAUAUUGCUGAUGUUCGAAUGUACAGUAGGCCAGCUCAGUUGAAAAAGAGAACAGAAGGCUCUCUGUCCACAGAAUGGGCGAAAAGAACAGUUGAGGCGAAUGAUGAUGCAACUGAUGUAACGUUACAUAAAGAUUCUAAGUGGGCUUCUGGCUGGAAGAAGUUCUCAGAAGAGAAUGCCUACUACAAUAAAUUACUUGAUUGGAAAAUAAGAUAUGAAGAAAGUGAUAAUAUUGCAGUGAGACUCAUGAGAAGUGUUACGGAUAGAGUUUCAAGCGUUUUCGCCGGUCAAAACGAGGUCUCGGAAGUAUUGACCGAAAUUGCAAAGGUGGAUCCAUCAUUCGAUAAGAUCGAGUGGCUGAAGUUCUGUGAGAAAGAAGUUAUUCCUAAUAUACUAGAAGCUUUCAUUGCUGGAAAUCUCGAAAUCCUUCAAGAUUGGUGUCACGAGAGAGCUUAUAAUGCCUUGGCCACAGUAGUAAAAGAAUAUGAAAAAAUCAAAUUUUCCACCGCUGAAUCUAAAAUUAUUGAUAUUCAUAAAGUAGAGAUGGUUUCUGGUAAAAUGAUGGAACAAGGCCCUGUUCUCAUUAUUACAUUCCAAGCUUUCAUGAUAAAUGUUGUGAAGAACUCGGAGGGAAAAGUCGUUCAAGGCGACCCGACUAAUCCUGUCAGAGUGCAUCAUGUAUGGGUUAUGUGUCGCGAUAUGGAAGAGUAUAAUCCAGCUGUCGCAUGGAAACUGCUUGAAGUUCAUAUGCAGGAAGCAGCACUUGCUGUGUAA